AAAUCUGACCGUGUUGUCAUUCUCUCAUCUUGUUUUUUUGUGAUUCUAAAAUAUUGUUAAAAAAAUAUUAAUUAGUAUUUUUAAGUGUUUACUAGUAAAUUAAUUCACAUUUUCUGACACUAUGUUAUUGUAUAUGAUAUUUAACACUAGUUGUUUGCAAAAAAAUAUCAGCAAAUUUUAACUAAUUCUUGAAAAUUGUUCCACUAUGUGGUCGUUUUUCUCACGCGAUCCUACAAAAGAUUUCCCUUACGAGGUAGGAGAUCCGGUAAGGGGCUUGGAAGACCGAACUGUGUGGACUUUACACAAAGGCAAGAAAAGGGGGACUCAAGAUGAAGUGUCAAUAUUUCUAUUUGAUGUUCAGAAGAAUUCUGAAACUUUAUUUGAUAUAGCUAAGGCCUCCAUAAAGAGAUUAAAGACUAUGAGACACCCUAGCCUUUUACAUUAUUUAGAUAGCUGUGAAACUGAGAAAUUUUUGUAUGUAGCUACUGAAUAUAUAGAGCCUUUAGCCAGUCACAUAGAGAAUAUGAAACUUGAAGGACAACAAAAAGAAUUAUUUCUUGCAUGGGGUAUAUUUCAAAUUACUAGGGCAUUGUCAUUUUUAAAUAAUGAUGGGAACAUGAGACAUAAUAAUGUCUGUUUAUACUCUGUGUUUGUAACGAUGGCUGGUGAAUGGAAACUUGGUGGUUUUGAAUUCUUAACCACUCUUGGACAAGAUACAUCUAAUCCUAUACCUAUCAAAAUAUUACCAUCUUUAGAAAUCUAUGAUCCUCCAGAGAAAAAAGAUCCUACUAGGUUGAAAGCUGUUACAAAAUGUUCAUCAGACAUGUGGGGCUUAGGUUGUCUGAUUUGGGAAGCUUUCAAUGGACCUUUGAGAAAUCAACCAUCAUUAAAGACAACAGACCAUAUACCAAAACAGCUCUGUACUUUGUAUUGUGAACUGGUUAGUGCAAAUCCUGCAUCAAGACCCAACCCAGCUGAUAUUAUUACUAGAUGUCGUAAAAUCGGUGGUUAUUUUAAAAAUGAUCUGAUAGAUACAAUGCUAUUCUUAGAAGAGAUACAAAUUAAGGACAAAGUAGAAAAAGGCAAGUUCUUUUCGACACUAAGCUCAUUCCUGGACAAUUUCCCUGAAGCAGUGUGUGUACACAAGAUAUUACCACAGUUGCUUACUGCAUUUCAUUAUGGAGAUGCUGGUUCUGCCGUUCUAGGACCCAUGUUUAAGCUUGGAAAAUUACUAGACGAGGCAGACUAUCAAAAACAGAUAGUGCCGUGUGUUGUGAAACUAUUCGCAUCUAAUGACAGAACAACAAGAUCACGUCUCUUACAACAGCUUGAUCAGUUCAUAUUGCAUUUGCAGAAUGCAACUGUAAAUGAUCAAAUAUUUCCGCAAGUAGUGAAUGGGUUUUUAGAUACAAAUGCUAUCAUUAGAGAACAAACUGUCAAAUCUAUCGUACACCUGGCUCCUAAACUCAACUACAACAAUUUGAAUGUGGAAGUGUUACGACACUUUGCCAGGCUCCAGUCUAAAGAUGAUCAGGGUGGAAUAAGAACGAAUACAACGGUAUGCCUGGGUAAGAUCGCCGCGCACCUCCACCCACAGAUACGACAGAAAGUUCUUGUGUCGGCGUUUGUGCGAGCGACCCGUGACGCAUUCCCGCCGGCGAGACAAGCAGGGGUUUUGGCGCUAGCUGCGACUCAACAGUACUUCUUACUCGCCGAGGUCGCUAAUCGUGUAUUGCCAGCAUUGUGCCCGCUUACUGCCGACCCAGAGAAACAGGUUCGGGAUGCAGCAUUUAGAACAAUAAAGGGCUUCCUAGGUAAAUUAGAAAAAGUAUCAGAGGAUCCUAGUCUAAAGGAAGGAAUGGAGGCUGAUGUACAUUCAGCAACGCCGUCACUAAGCAACGCGGCAGCCACUUGGGCGGGCUGGGCAGUGACCGCCGUCGCAGCCAAGUUCUACCGCUCGCACUCGGACACGACGCGCGUGCAGCACCCCACCAAGUCCACGCUCUCCAAGCCUGGCUCUCUCGAACAACCAUCGUCGAGCAGCAUGUCGACAACUACGUCGUCGGUGACAUCAAUGACGUCAUUGGAACACAGCGAGUCGGCCUCCGACUACGACCCGGAGCACUGGGAUAUGGCCGCUUGGGGAGAGAUUGAUUCCAGUGCAGGGACAGGAGCAAGUGCGAAGUCACCACCAAGCAGCGGCAGUGCUCAAGCGACGCCGGGGCUGGGGGCGCUCUGCGAGGACGACUGGGACAACGAGGAAUGGGGCACACUACAAGAGCAGCCGACGGCUGAAGCAGAGCUUGCAAGUCCCUCAGAAACGUGGAACAACACACAAUGGAACGACCCUAGUAUGAACGCCAAUGCGACUUAUGUGCGCGGCUCUACGACUACCACGACAGCGAGCAGUCGCCUCGAACAUAGGCCCACUGCACAUCAAAAUAGCAACGACUCGCUCGGCGGCUGGGAAGACGGGGAAUUCGAACCCAUUGAAGAGAAUGCAGAUGAAAAUAACGCAUCAAAAAUGGAUGAGAUGCGUCGGAAACGUGAAGAGAGGAAGCUGCAAAGGCAACGAGAAAUGGAGGCAAGGCGCAACGCUCGUGGUCAGGGUCCCAUGAAACUCGGCACCAAAAUCUCUGGCGCACCACCAUUCUAGUCCUCGUCAGCCCAACAUCGGAUAAACCAGUACUGAUAUAUUCCUGAUAUUUACGAAACGCGUACGUGAUUUUAGGGCGGUGAUAUGAUCAAACAUUAUGAUGUACGAAUUAAUAUUGGAUUCAUUGUUGCACUUCUCCGUAAUAAAUGAGUUUGAUGUGAAUACCUAGUUAACCAUUGCACACUUUGUUAAUUUUUUCGAAUAUUUUCUUAUCGACAAAGCAAAGCAUUUAUUAUCCAUAUAGACACUAUCGCCAACAUUUAUAGAUACGUUUAAGAUACUGCAUGUACGAAAAAGAUAGUUGCACUAGAGAUCUUAAUCUACAGAUCGGAUAUAAAUAUAUAAUAUGAACUUUUACCAUAAAUAAUGCACCACAAGCUCAUCCAUGGUAUUUAUGUCCAUAUUCAUACCUACGACUAUUACUACUUUUCUUCAGGUGAAUUACGACCUUAUACGCCUUUUCUAAUAUUAAAAAUUAAAAGCAUCUCCCAACUUUCACAAAGUGUGCACUAGGAACCGAUUUCUAAUAUUAAACUCUUGUAUUGCCGCCCUUAUAAUCUGUAUUUUUAAAUCUCCUGCCGGAGGCGUAUGUAUACGUAAAACGUCGCGCGUUUCGCGCGCCUCACUGCGAAGUGUUCCAUAGUGCUUAUGAGAUCUUUAAAUGGACGCAUGUAUGUGCAGAAUUUUUAAAUUAUCGUUUGUCUCAAAUGGUAAUUUGAAACGGCUAGUUUUAUCAGUGUAAUUAUUACAUUUUUUAAAUAUUUUUCAAAUAGAACAAUAAAAUUUUAUAAGGCUCUAAACAACACAGUAAAUAACACCUUUUCCUCUUUCGGAUUAGAAAACGCAAACUAUGUGUCCUGUCAAGUCUUGAUAAAAAUAUUUAUUAAUACUGACAUCCUAAUUUAGGUGUACAUCUUAAAAUGUACAUGUAAAUUAAACUGUACAUGACCAACACAACACUAUGUUCCAACCAACUUCACACUCAUUGUGAGAAAUAAUAAUAUGAAAUCGUAGUUAGUAAUCAUUUUAACGCAGACUAUUUAGAGCCUUUUUUUAGUUCAAAUACAUAAAAAAAAAAUACGUUUUUUGUAAUCACUUUAAUACGAAUUUCAGUGUUAUCCGUUUAGGUAAUAAUUGUUGUGUAUUAUUUAAUUUUAUAUAAUAAUAUAAAAUGUAUUAAUUUAAUCGAUAUUUAUUGUUCCCAUAUCUAUUAAUAAUUAUAUCAAUAGUGAGUGGCUAAUUGAAAUGAGUUUUUUUUUUGUGAUUGUCAUAAACUGUAUUCAAUAUUAGGGAACAAGUUUUAUAAAUUGUUAUUUAUAAUCCAAAUCAAAUAGAAAGCUCAAGUGAGAUUAGAUGCCACUAAGGCAAAUAUAAUAGAUAUUAUCAAUUUGUACUUAGACCUAUAUGGGGCAUCCCCGCUUUUCAUAAUAAACGCUCUAUCUCUGUGAGACAGAAGUUUUAACACAAACAAUAUUGUCCACAGAGCAAUCAGUAAAAAAAUAUUGUCUGUCCUCUUAUUUGUAUAUCAAAAAUGGUCAGUUAAAUAAUAAAAGGAUCUGUUUACUAUAUUAUAUAUAUUGGGUCAGUCACUGACUAUUAAAUUCGACGAGACAGACAACUAAGAAUAACAACUUAAGUCGCGAUGGCGCUAUUUUAAAUAUACCAUUGAGUAUUUUUAAAGUCAAUCAUCCACCCGUCUUCUUCUCCUCCUCACCCGCCCCAGUGUUUUAGUGACACUAGUCCCAUCAAAACAUUGAAGUCAGUUGCUAUUUUUUUAAUCAGCAAAAACGAACCUCGAAUUUUUUUUUAUUACAUUUUUUAUAUAUUUUUUUUAAUACUUUCUAUGAUAUAUUAUAUAUAAAAAAUGUGUAAAAGGGCGGGUUCUUCUCCUCAAGAUAUAAAUCCUUUGGAUCUAAUUUAUUAUCAUUGACUUUUAAGCACAUGAAUGAAGAUGUAAUAAUACAAGUAAAGUUUAACGCUCACAUUAACACCUGUAACUGACCUUAUGUUAAAUAAGUAUAAUUAUUGACAGCUUUCAUCGUAGUUAAUUACGCGUAUAUUCAGAAUAAAUGUACAGAAUUCAUUUUGCUUUUUCCCUGAGAGGAUGGGAUUGUGUGCAAUCGGUACAUGAGGGUGUCAAUUUAAAUGUAAGUGCUUGUAUGGAUGAACUGCUGUUACGAACAUUCCAAAAUCGCUACUUGAAAAUGUACAAAGAAGCUCUUUUCAAUCAAUUACAAUAAUGUAAUCAAAUGCAUUAUUAAAAUUUCAUACUCUUCAUCGCGCAUUUUUGAGUAUCGAGAACUGAAUACACCAGCCUGAGCCACCAAGUUUAGAUGAAUAGAAAGUGUUUUAUAUUCAUGUUGUAUAUCUAUUGUCAGCCAUUAUAUGUAUUAUAAUAUGUAUAAUAUUCAAACUACCAGACUGAGACGGUCUAUGAUUUUUUUACUAAGUAACUAUAUGUAUAUCACUUUCAUAAAUUUUAAUAUAACUUUAAAUUUAAAAAGGAAGUAUAUUAAUAAAUUUAAAAACACAAACUUCAUAGAGUAUCAUUUUGAAAUUUGCUCACCGAUACUUUGAUCCCAAUACUAUUAAUACCUAUUCAAUUACGUAUUAAAUUUUCAUCCAAUAUAAUAUUACAAAAUAAAAAAAUACCUAUUUCUUCUUUAUAAUAAAAUUACAGUGUUUACUAAAUAGUAUAAACUUUUUACGCAGCAUAAAAUCAGUCUGUACAUUUUAUAUAAAAUAUGAAAGGUUAUUCAUCAACUCUUAUUUCCCUCAAAUUUAGCCACAAUUUUUUCACUAGUGUUUGUAGCCAGGCACACCAAGUAUAUUAUAUGAUCCGCUUUAGUUAUAAAAUAAAAAUGAACAUAAUUUGUGAUGUGACUAAAUACGAUAAUCACACAUGGCAUUUGAUAGAAAUAAACUUUGAUUGUAACUUUUCAAUAUUACUACUGAUAAUAGCUACUGUGACGAUGCAUGAGAUUUUUAAUUUAUGAUCUUUACCUAUCACUUCAUUAUCAUACGAGUAUAAUCCACUGUUACAUAAUAGUUGAAGUUGAAGAAUCCAGUUAGCAUCUCUUUUUUUAAAAGACUUACCUCCCCCUCCCCCAUUAUUACGGUUAGAUUACUUUUUCAUGUCAUUUAUAAUUACCAAAAAUUAUUUUAUACUUAAACGUGACACAUUGUUUAAUUUAAAAAAAUAUUUGACGCUUUUAUUUUAUGUAUUAUUUUGAAACUAAUCUCUUAUUUAUAAAACAUCAAACCUCUUUUAAGUAUUGAACUGUUUUAUCUUUGUUUUGCGCUAAAUUCUCUCAAUUUAAAAGAAAGUGACAAAACAGUAUAAUAAUUAAAACAGGUUUGUAGACGAUUUUAGAUUUUAUAAAUAAGGCGAGUAGUAGUCUAUAUAGUGACGAUCUUAUUGCUGUUAAUCCAAAUUAUGUUAACGAAUAUCUAUCCAAUUUAUCAAUGAUCAGAAACAACACCCAUUUUAAAAGACAAAUUCAUCAUAACUAAAGUACUAAUGUCUAAAUCAUUGAAGUGACGGAUUAUUAUUUUGGAAUUGUAUUGAAAAUUUAUCUAUAUUAGAGGAGUUUUUAUUACAAUGUAAAACUAUAACUAACAGUAAUACAAUAAAGUAACUUACAAAGUGAUAAUGGCCAAGAUAAGAUCGUGACUAUUUAUUAAGAAUUUAUAUUUGUGUCUGCCAUAAUGUUUGGCUAAUUUGUAUCACAAUUAUAAAUGUAUUUUUCUACUGUUAUAUAUUACAUGUUAAUUAUAAUUUACAUCCUGAUCAUUCUAUUAUUUAUAAGUUCCAUAUAAUGGCGUUUGUAUCAAUGUGAUCUACAGUACGAUGAAUACCUACCUAAAAUUGAUAUUGUAUUAAAAAUGAAUGGAAACGAAAUUCUUGUUCUAUCCACUAUUAAAAUUUACACUUCUGUAAAUAAAAUUAAAAUUAUAUAUA